AUGUCUUCUUCGAUCGGUCUUUGCUGGUCCUGUACUCCAGCAGCAGAUGCUGUUGUUGUCGGUCUCAGUCUCGUCUUCCUUGCUCUGGUCUUGGUUAUUUUAUACUCGAGCAACUGUCAAGGGUACAAGCAUGCCACAGACUUGACAAUUACACAAGUGAGAGGCCUGAAUAAACAAUAUAGUUUGAAGGUAUUUUCUAACCUCCAUAGGGAAACAUGA